CUGUUGGUCUGUCUGUCGCUCCCCUCUGCUGCCACAUCCCUUCUCCUCGGCCAGCUGUGUGUGUGUGUGUGUGGCAUGCGUUUGCUCAGGCCUUGACCCAUCCGGCCUCCUUCAGGUAAGACACCAGCUGCAGCACACACCAGGAGAGAGGGGAGGGAUGCUCCAAUCGAUGGUGCCUCCAUCCAUCCAUCCAUCCCUGACCAACCAGACGCACUCACCUGGUCGACGACCUGGGGGAGGUUCUUGCUGCUGUCGAUGGUGAGGUCGGGGGUGGUGGGGGCCUCGUACGGGUCAGAGACGCCAGUAAACUGAUGGAGAGAAACACCGAGAUGAACAAAGUGACGCAUCUUGACGUGGGUGGAUGAGUGGGCGGCGUGUCUGUCUACCUGCUGGAUGACGCCAGAGCGGGCCUGCUUGUAGAGACCCUGACACAUUGCACACACACGCAGCGAUGCCAGCCAGCAUUGCGAGUCCAUCCAUCCAUCCAACCAUCCCUUCUCUGUCCGCCUCUCUGUCUCUUGGUGCGUGUGUGAGGAGAUGGCUACCUUUGAGUCCCUCCCCUCGCAGACCUCGAUGGGGGUGCUGACAUACACCUCGACGUACCCGCCGCCAUUGCUGCAAUCCAAUCGGUCAGCCACGAGCCACACACACACCACACACACACACACACAUCAAUAAACUCCCAAGCCACCUCCCCCCGCCCACACGUCUCUACCUGGUGAUGAGUUUGCGGUUGUACUGUCUGUCGUCCUCGUAGGGUGCGAUGGUGGCGACGAGGCAGAUGCCGCCGUGCUUGACGAUCUCGCUCGCCACGAACCCGAUGCGCUUGACGUUGGUGCUGCGGUCCUGCUUCGAGAAGCCCAGCCCGUAGGACAGGUGCGACCGGAUGAUGGGCGCGUCCAGGAUCGUCACCUUGCGGGUCUCACUCUCAUUCUCCUGCACACACACAGGGAGGGAGAUGGUGCAUGGUGCUUUGUUUCCCUUCUCUCGCACCAGGAGGGCCUGCUCGAGGGCGGUGGCGAGGGUGGUCUUGCCCGAGCACGGGAGGCCGGUGAAGUACAUGCAGAAGCCCUUCUCGUGCGGCGGCUUGUAGAACUUGUGCAGCUCCUCAACCACGUCGGGGUACGAGAACCACUCGGGGAUGGGCUCGCGCGUCUGCACGAACGAACACCACACCACACUCCUCUCUCUCCGUGGGUGUGUAUUUGGGGGGGACUGGCAAACGUACCAGCAGCAUCUUUCGCUGCUGCGUGCCGGAGAUGCUCUGCGGCUCGACGCCCUCGGGCACCUGGGACCGCUGGACGUAGCCGCCGUGCUCCUCGCCCACGUACACCAUCUCCUUGCCGAAGAUCGGCUCGAUGCCCAACUCAGACUGACACACACACACACACACCACACACACACCACACACACACACACACAUACAAAGAAGGCGUAUUUGGCGGGUGCUCAUGGGUGGCGUGUUUGUCGAUGUGUGUGGUACCUGGACGGACGCGAGCAGCUCGUGUGCCUCGUAAGCGCCGUAGAAGGAUGAGCCGUCAGCUUUCUUGGCAGAGGGACCUGCACCACACACGCACCGACCGCCACAUCUCUGGCAAACAGUGGGUAUUUAUUGUCUCGGCCUCAUUCCGCACACUCACCGGCAUGGUCGCGUCCGACGAUGAAGUGGGUGCAGCCGUAGUUGGCCCGGAUGAUGGCGUGCCAGACAGCCUCGCGCGGGCCGGCCAUGCGCAUGGCCAGCGGCAGCAGGAUGAUGUCGGCCUUGUUCUCGCCGUAGUACUUGAGCAACUUCUUGUAGCAACUAUUCCAGACAGACGGAUGGCGCACAACACGAUGUGUGUGUACCAACCACCCAUUUCGUGUCGGUUUGUGUUGUGUUUGCUGCCUUACCGCACACGGAUGUGGUACUCGACGUCGCCAGGCUGUGUGGGGCCCACGGCGGGCGUCAGCAGGAGGUGAGCCUCCUUGCCCGUCUGUGCCUGGGCCUCACGCAUCGCCUGCACACACAUCCCACAGCACAGACACGUCAACACACCCACCGCUCUAUCUGACUCUGACAGACAGACCUGCCGCGUGAGCUCGAAGUGCGAUCUGUGCAUGGGGUUGCGUGUCUGGAAGCCGACGACGCACUCCCAGCCCUGCUGCUUGAUGUACUGCUUGACCUCGGGUGCGGGUCGGCGCAUGUCCUUGAAGUCGAAGCGGCUGAUGGGGUUGAGCUGCCGCACCUCACCGCCGAUGUAGUAGCAGUCCGUGAAGGUCUUGGCCAUGUGCUGCGCGUACGGGUGGUUCAUGUCAGUGCUGCCCAACACCUGUGGACAAACACAAGACACAACACACAACACACAAGAGACAAAAGAAGACGGUACGGUGAGCGUUCCGUUGCCUUGCGUCUUGUGUCGGGUGUGUCAGAGCUCAGGCAGUGCUUCCCCCCCUCCCUCUCUCUCCCCCCGCCUGUCUGUCGGUCUGUCUGUCUGUCUGCCACCCUCCCACCGACCUUCUCCAUCUCGAGGUUGAGGUCGGGCUCGUACACGUCCUCCACCAGCACCUCAGCCACGGCACGCCCCAGCUGGUCGCGCAGCAGCACCCUCUGGCCCUUGCUCUCGCCCGCGGGCUCCGUGGCCGCCUUGGGCACCGACAGCACGAUGGGCAUCGGCCACACCUCGCCGGUCGUGAGGCGCAUCUUGCUGAGGCAGCUGAGGUAGUUGUCCCGCGUCAGGUAGCCCUUGAGCGGCGCGAAGGCGCCCAUCAGCAGCAUCUCAAGGUCGCACAUAUCGCGCUCGGACAGGUGCACCUCCUUGGGAAGCCGCACGCUGACGGAAAGGCCUUUCGUGUCGCCCAUCUUGGCUCGAGGCUGCGGCAAAACACGGGGAGGUCCUCAGCAGACGGCGAACACGUGCGGGACAGCCCGAAAAGCGAGGCGCUUUUAUUUGUGGCUGUCGGCACAGUAACGGCCGAAGGCGUUUUUGUCGUCGACGGCUGCAAACACGCCAGGCAGCAAAGGGAGGCGAAGCAGGCGCUCUCACGACCUUGGCGGCGUGUUCAGAGGAAAGCAAAGCGC